AUGCCGGUGGACACGAAGGCGAAGCUUCCAAGCGAUGCCGGGACACCUGUAGCCGACCCAACUUUCUACCACAGCAUUGUUGGCGCACUCCAGCACCUGACCCUGACGCGGCCCGACCUCACCUACACCGUCCAGCAAGCCUGCCUACAUAUGCAUGAUCCCAAAGACGUGCACUGGACGUUCGUCAAGCGGAUCUUGCACUAUGGUGUGACAUACCCGCACACACGUCGUUCGACGUCCGGCUUCUGCGUGUUCCUGGGAGACUCGCUGGUGUCCUGGUCGUCCAAAUGCCAGCCUGUCGCCUCCAGGUCGAGCGCGGAGGUUGAGUACAGAGGUGUGGCCAAUAUCGCGGCAGAGUGA